CAUCUUCGUCACAGUCGAGCAUUGAAAACAGGAAGUGUUUGUUGGAUUUUAUUCUCGGGAAUCACCGGCUGUCGAAUUUUAUACAAAUUUGUUAUCUGCAAUUUCAAUCUUUGAAAUUGUAGAUAUUUAUGUUGUGAUUGGAUUUUCAUUCUGAGGUCUGACAGAAAACGGGCGUUUCUAUCCUGUCCAUAAAAUUUUGGUUGAGAGUCGGUCGGCGAUCAAGCUUCAUGUCAUUUGAUGUCCAGUAAUACGGACGCUCCACCGGCCAAGAAACCUAGAACUGAGUCCAAUACGGGUGCAAACUGCACAAAUAACUCAGGUGUAGCUUCAAAUAGCAGGGUUGACAUGGCGCAGAAUGGAGCGACAGAUGAAAUUGAUGAAGGCCUCUACUCCAGACAGCUGUAUGUCCUUGGACAUGAAGCUAUGCGGCGGAUGGCCAAUUCGAAUAUCCUUAUCGCAGGGAUGAGAGGUCUGGGCAUAGAGAUUGCCAAAAAUGUUGUGCUAGGCGGUGUAAAAUCUGUCACUGUGCACGACACUGGCAAUGCAUCAUGGAUGGACUUGUCUAGUCAGUUUUUCCUGCGUGAGGAAGACAUUGGGAAGAACCGUGCAGAGGUGAUUCAGCCUCGUCUGGCAGAGCUGAACAGCUACGUUCCUGUCUCGGCCUACACAGGGGACCUAUCGGAGGAUUACCUCACACAGUUUCAGGUUAUCUGUUUGACAAACUCUACACAAGAUGAACAAAUCCGUAUUGGAGAGUUCUGUCACUCAAAGGACAUCAAGUUCAUUGUGGCAGACACAAGAGGAUUGUUUGGUCAGAUCUUCUGUGACUUUGGUGAAGGGUUUGUUGUUGCUGACGUAGAUGGAGAACAGCCAAACAGCACUAUGGUGGCAUCUGUCACUAAGGAAGUAGAUGGUAUUGUGGCUAGUGUUGACGAGACUCGGCAUGGCUUUGAGGACGGAGACCACGUCACAUUCCAUGAAGUCCAGGGCAUGACUGAACUCAAUGAAUGUGAACCGAGAAAAAUCAAGGUGUUAGGGCCCUACACAUUCAGUAUUGGUGACACAAGCGGCCUGUCCGACUAUGUACGAGGAGGAGUGGUGACAAAGGUUAAAUUGCCAAAGACUCUGAACUUUAAAUCGAUCAAAGCGGCCUUGGAAGCUCCUGAGUGUUUGACUACAGAUUUCGCCAAGUUUGAUCGACCUGGACAGCUUCACAUAGCUUAUCAAGCAUUGCACGAGUUUGUCAAACAGAAGGGGGCAUUGCCAGCACCAAGGAACAAGGCUGAUGCAGAUGCCUUCCUGGCGGUGUUCAAAGAGGUCAACUCCAAAUCCGCUGCAAAGGUUGAUGAGUUUGAUGAGAAACUUGUGAAGGAGUUUGCCGAGGAAUGUCAGGGAGAUGUGUGCCCAAUGGCUGCAAUGAUUGGUGGCGUCACGGCUCAAGAAAUCAUGAAGGCGUGCAGUGGGAAGUUCAGCCCUGUAUUCCAGUACAUGUACUUUGAUGCCCUUGAGUGUCUGCCUGAAGACAGAAGUGUCCUGACAGAGGAGGAAUGCAAACCUAGGGACACACGCUAUGAUGGUCAGAGGGUUGUGUUUGGAGAAGAAUUUCAGAAGAAGAUCGGUGAUCUCAGGUACUUCUUGGUUGGAGCAGGAGCUAUUGGCUGUGAGAUGCUCAAGAACUUUGCAAUGGUUGGUUUGGGAUGUCGUAAGGGGAAGGUGAUUGUCACAGACAUGGACACCAUCGAGAAGUCCAACCUCAACAGACAGUUUCUCUUCAGACCCUGGGAUGUACAGAAAACCAAGGCCUCGACUGCAGCUAAUGCUGUGAAGCAGAUGAACCCCAGUUUCAACAUUGAGUCCAGAGAGGAUCGGGUGGGACCAGAAACAGAGAAUGUGUACACAGAUGAAUUCUUCGAAAAACUGGAUGGCGUCACCAAUGCCCUGGAUAAUGUAGACGCAAGAAUGUACAUGGAUAGACGGUGUGUGUACUACAGCAAGCCCCUGUUAGAGUCAGGGACACUGGGAACAAAGGCUAAUGUCCAGGUCGUCAUUCCUGGUGUAACAGAAUCCUACUCCUCAUCCCAAGAUCCACCAGAGAGGUCUAUACCCAUCUGUACUCUAAAGAACUUCCCCAAUGCCAUAGAACACACUCUUCAGUGGGCCCGUGAGGAUUUUGAAGGCAUGUUCAAGCAGCCAAUGGAGAGUGCCCAACAGUAUGUUACAGAUCCCAAGUUUACAGAAAAGACUCUCAAAACACCAGGAUACCAGUCUUUUGAAACGUUUGAUGCAGUGAAGAGAGCACUCGUAGAUGAGCGUCCAGCUUCCCUCGAGGACUGUGUCACAUGGGCCCGAAAUGUCUUUCAGAGGAAUUACUACAAUCAGAUUGCACAGCUGCUGUUCAAUUUCCCUUCCGAUCAGCUUACAAGUUCGGGAGCCCUGUUCUGGUCUGGUCACAAGAGGUGUCCGCAUCCGCUGAAGUUUGAUACAGAAAAUGAGAUGCAUAUAGACUAUAUCAUGGCUUGUGCAAAUCUUCGAGCUGAGAUGUACGGCUUGAAGCAAGUGCGAGAUCGUCAGACCAUCAAGGACCUAGUGUCCAAAGUGGUUGUACCUGACUUCAAGCCAAGGAGCGGUGUCAAAAUUGACGUUACAGAUGCUGAAGCUCAGUCAAGGCAGUCUGAGGGAUGUGACCAAGAACAGCUUGAGACGUUGCUUAAGUCCCUCCCAUCUGCCGAAUCUUUCAAGGGGAUCAAUCUCUUACCCAUCGAGUUCGAGAAGGAUGAUGAUACUAACUUCCACAUGGACUUCAUCGUGGCGGCAUCCAAUCUCAGAGCAGAAAACUAUGAGAUCCCUCCAGCAGACAGACACAAGAGCAAGCUGAUUGCUGGUCGAAUCAUUCCUGCUAUUGCUACGACGACUGCCAUGGUCGUAGGUCUUGUUGGUCUAGAACUCUACAAACUUGCUCAAGGACAUAGGAAUGUAGAGGUGUUCAAAAAUGGAUUUGCAAACUUGGCGCUGCCAUUCUUUGCAUUCUCUGAACCAAUCCUAGCCCCCAAGAACAAGUACUAUGACAUCGAGUUCACAUUGUGGGAUCGCUUUGAAGUUCAAGGGGAGAUGACUCUCAAAGACUUCUUGGCCUACUUCAAGGACAAACACAAGCUGGAGAUCACCAUGCUGUCACAGGGGGUGUGUAUGCUGUACUCAUUCUUCAUGCAGCCUGCGAAAAGGGAAGAAAGACUCAAUUUACCAAUCUCCGAGGUAGUGAAGAAGGUCUCCAAGAAGAAGAUCCCACCGCAUGUGCGAGCCCUGGUGCUGGAGAUCUGCUGUAAUGACGAUGAGGGUGAAGACGUUGAAGUGCCCUACGUCAAGUACAACCUCCCCAGAUAGACACGUGAACAGCAAGCCUGCUCGCAUUCACUCACUCACUCACGUCCAUCGCGCACUUCUGUCGCUUCAUCUGACAAGCAGAGACGCCAGUUCCAAAUGCAAUGAUGCUUACUGUCUGUAACUUAUUCUCAGUUUACCAUUCUAUCAGCGCCAUGCCAAGUUUCCACCACAAUUUCAAUCUUUUGUUCACAAUAAUCUCAAUAUGUUUCAUCCACUUGAUGAAAAGCAGAUUGUAAAAGUGUCGACUAUGCAUCGUUAUAAGUUGCAGGCACAAAUAACAGUUUGAAUUGUGUUGGAAAGUUGGUUGUUUGACAGAGGUUGUAGCUGGUUGUAAGAUGAAGCGACCCACCAUGGUUGCCAUUGUGCUGUGUUAACGGAGAGGUCUUGAGGCUGUAGUUGCCCUUUUUUCUCCAGUAGACUUGGUGCCUCAUUGCAGCCAAAUACAGUAAGACAAUAUUUUCUUUUUGUAAAAGUCUGUAUUCACAUUAGGUGUUCAUAUUUUAAAAUGAAACGAAUAUUUUUGCCCGCCUGAAACUUUUUUCGGACAUCUCAAAAAGAGAUGUAAAUUAUUUCGGUGUAUAAGAUGUCUGUGUGUUGACAAUGUUGCGCUGAUGGAUACCUUGUUAUACAACCGUCUUGGUUGUAUAGCUAUGUACAAAAAGCUUCUAGUAUUGCUUCAUUUUGAUCUGCCUCUGCCUCACUCUCCAGACCACUUCAUGCAGUGCAUGUUCGAUGUGCACUUAUUUAUAGUUGUUGCAAUAACCUUAAGAAAAUCUUGUAUGCGUGAUAUGUUUAACUGUCAAAUCAUUUGGUACUUGUCAAUUCCAUUUGUUAAUAAACUGAUGAAAUCUA